AUGGCGGAGGCGGCGCAGAGUCGAGCGGAGGCGGCGCAGGUUCGGGUGCAGGCGGCGGUGGAGAGCGCGGUGCAGGCCCUGGAACGCGACCGCAUCCGGGGCAUGCAGGGUGCCAUGUUCCGGUGCAGCGCUCGCUGCUGCGAGGACACCACAGCCUCCAUGCAGGAGGUGCAGCGCUGCAUCGAGCGGUGCCACGCGCCCCUGGCACAGGCCCAGGCCAUCGUCACCUCCGAGCUGGAGCACUUCCAGGACCGGCUGAACCGCUGCACGCUGCACUGCAACGACAAGGCUCGGGACGCGCUGGACGCGGGGGGCUCGGAGGCGAAGGUCCGCGGCCAGCUGGACUCCUGCCUGGCCAGCUGUGGUGAAGACCACCUGCGGCUCAUCCCUGCCAUGGCCAAGAAGAUGCAGGACAGCCUGGCUGCCGUCCAGCAGUGA